CUGCCAGGCCGGGCUCAGGCUACUCGGAAGCGACCCAGCGGUUCUGCCUGACACGCCCCGCUCGAGACACCAUGGUGGCAUACUGGCAACAGGCUGGACUCAGCUACAUCCGGUUCUCCCAGAUCUGUGCAAAAGCAGUGAGGGAUGCCCUGAAGACAGAGUUCAAAGCGAACGCUGAGAAGACUUCGAGCAGCAGCAUAAAAACAGUGAAAGUGAAGAAGGAGUAGCCGAGCCUGACUGAAGCCUGAAGUGCUGAGUCUUCCAGGUGAAGCAUGUGGGCACCUGUUCCAGCAGAUGGAGAUGAGCCGUACCUCCUGGAGA